AUGAGAGCAGUUAUGUUGGCGAUAUCCACUGAUACACGACGAAGUGAUUGUAAUUUAAUAGUUUUCAUGAGCUCAGGUGGGGGAAAGAAGUCUCGUAAAGGUCGGAAACAUCAGCAAAGCAGUGGUCCAUCUGGUGUUCAAGAGGGCAUGGAUCGUGAUGACCGUUCGUCAAAUGCCACACGUGAAGGGCCCUCCUUGUCUACAUCAGUGUCUCCGGGUCCGUCUAGUGGUUUGGAUGUUUCGUCUUCUUCGAAGGAAGCAAUAGUUCCUUCAGAAACCGCACGUCAGAAGAAAAGUCAUCCGAAAUUGGUGUCAACAUCUCCACUUUCGGAAGAAGUUUCUAAACUGAGUUUGACUAAUGUGUCUAUUCCCAGCAGACCAGACAAAGGCGGUAAGGAGGGGAAACCGACAACUGUCACUGUGAACUGUUGGGAUUUCUCUGUUCAACCGAAGGUUCUUUACAUGUACCGUGCAGAGGUUAACAAAGUGUCUCGUAUCAAUGAUAAAGAUGCAGUAAAGUGUGAAAUACGAAUGUCUCCGAAAGAUAAACGUGAUUUAAUUUCACACAUUACUCAGAAACUACCUAAAAUGAUAGUUUAUGAUGGGGGCCAUGAUAUAUAUUCCUUGGAGCGCCUACCUGGAAUAACCACAGAUCCAGUGAAGAAAGAAAAAGACAACCUCACAAAACAGAACAUGAGCUCAGGCGGGGGAAAGAAGUCUCGUAAAGGUCGGAAACAUCAGCAAAGCAGUGGGCCCUCCUUGUCUACAUCAGUGUCUCCGGGUCCGUCUAGUGGUUUGGAUGUUUCGUCUUCUUCGAAGGAAGCAAUAGUUCCUUCAGAAACCGCACGUCAGAAGAAAAGUCAUCCGAAAUUGGUGUCAACAUCUCCACUUUCGGAAGAAGUUUCUAAACUGAGUUUGACUAAUGUGUCUAUUCCCAGCAGACCAGACAAAGGCGGUAAGGAGGGGAAACCGACAACUGUCACUGUGAACUGUUGGGAUUUCUUUGUUCAACCGAAGGUUCUUUACAUGUACCGUGCAGAGGUUAACAAAGUGUCUCGUAUCAAUGAUAAAGAUGCAGUAAAGUGUGAAAUACGAAUGUCUCCGAAAGAUAAACGUGAUUUAAUUUCACACAUUACUCAGAAACUACCUAAAAUGAUAGUUUAUGAUGGGGGCCAUGAUAUAUAUUCCUUGGAGCGCCUACCUGGAGUUACCACAGAUCCAGUGAAGAAAGAAGUGAGUAUCAGUGAUCCAUUGGGUCGUGGUAAUCUCCUCCUGGAGUACCAAAUAAUGGAAGUGAAGAAAGUAUCAACUGACGAUGUCUAUGAGUAUGUACGUAACCCUAAAGCUACGUCGCUGAACAUUCCACAAGAAUCUAUAAGAUUAUUGGACUGUAUUUUGAAAACUGUGUCCAAACAGUCCUUUGUAUCCCUUGGACGUGCCGCCCUAUUUCAAGAAGAGCCAAUUAAGGUGGUCUCAGAGAAACUUUUCUCUAUCCACAAAGGUUUUAUCAGCAGCGUAAGACCACAGUGGAAGGUUCGUGUCAACUUGGACAUGACUUGUAAAGCUUUCUUUGUAUCAGGAAAUCUUGCGGAUGUUAUGUACGAGAAAUACGGAGAUAAUAUGGUGAAAUAUAGUAAGGAAAUGGCGUUCGACUUGCGGAGGAUACGAGUAGAAACUGACAAAUUCUACAAAAGCGAUAAUGGGAGUGUGUACUCUCGACGCUUCACAGUGCAUGGGAUAUCAUCAUCACCAGCCGAUAAAUUGAUGAUUGAUGAGUUAAAGCAAUCAGUGGCGGAAUAUUUCAAGGAACAUCAUCAUAUCGUUCUGAAGUAUCCGUACCUUCCUUGUGUUAAGGUGGAUCAAAAGCGUGACGUGUAUAUCCCUAUGGAGUUGUUGAACAUUUUACCAUAUCAGUCUCCUAAUGCUAGUAAAGCGGAUGUAGCUAGUGAAGUGAUCCGGUGUGCGGCAGUUCGACCAGCCGAACGUUUCCGGGAGCUUCAAAAUUUCGUUAAUAAUAUGUUCAAAUCACACCCACUGAUUAAACAAUUCAGUUUGUCAAUCCAACCGAAGCCAGCAGAAAUUAAGGCACGUGUUAUCCAACCGCCAACUGCUGACUUUGGUCGUUCAGGUGUGCGGCCUCUCAAGGCGGGUAGUUUCAACUCACCCGGUUUUCAUGACCCUGCGGGAAAAGAAAGGGAAUUGAUGUGGGCUAUACUUAGUGUUCCGCCUAAUAAGUUGGCCCAGGGUAAUGCACAAAAGGCGAUAGCGGAAUUGCUGAAAGCUGCCAAACGCUUCGGUGUUCGUUUAAGCCCUUGUCCGAUAGUGUCACAUUGCCCGAAAAGAGAACUUAACAGAAAGUUUGAGGAGUUCUCCAAACAAGGGUGCGCGUUUCUACUGCUUAUCCUUUAUGAUGAGCAGUGCUAUUCGGAAAUCAAACGUCUCAGUGACCUACAAAUGGGGAUUCGCACCCAAUGUGUACGAAGUCGUACUUUGAGCAAACCAAACGUAUUCCCGAACCUGCUGCUCAAGCUGAAUGGCAAACUCGGUGGUGUUAAUUGGCGAAUACCAGGCCUGAUUAAAAGCAGUGAGGAACUGAUAAUGGUGUUCGGUGCUGACGUCACUCAUCCGGCGCCCACCCAAAUUCAGCAAAUUCGGAAGUCAGUAGCUGCUGUUAUCGGCAGUGUGUCACCUGAUCUGAUGAGAUACGCGGUAGUCGUCCGACAACAGGCAACGACAGAGAAGGGCAAUAAGGCGACAAGAGAAAUAAUUGACGAUAUGCGUCUCACGGUUAAAGAAUUACUUCAGCUUUACUUGAGAAAUACAAAUGGACGUUUUCCAACACGAAUGAUAUUCUACCGUGAUGGUGUUUCGGAAGGUCAGUUCGAAAAUGUGUUAGUGGAGGAGUUAGCUGCCAUUCAGAGAGCCUGUGCAGAUAUUCGUCCCGGUGUAGAGCCUGCUAUCACUUAUAUUGUUGUGCAAAAACGUCAUCAUAUUCGACUGAAACCAUUUGACUCCAGGGCGAGGAACGUUGAGCCGGGAACGGUGGUUGACACAGACAUCACACAUCCCAGGGAAUUUGACUUCUACCUCUGCUCUCAAGAAGGGAUACAGGGUACAUCGAAACCUGCUCAUUACCACGUUUUGUACGAUGACAGUAAUUGGACAUCGGAUGCGUUGCAAAUGUUCACCUACUACUUAUGCUACGGGUAUAUGAGGUGUUGUCGUAG